CCAGUUAUCUCUGGGCUGAAAUUUGAGAUCACCUUUGAGACAAACAGUGGAAACUGAUAUUUCUCAACAUUGGUGAGGUUAGUCUUAUUAUAUUCUUAUAUUCUGGCACUUUUGCUCUUUUUAGAACGGUGAUCUUUCCAAAUAAGAACAUAGCUGAAUGAGACGCCUAUCUGAGUAUCUGGAUUCAUGCGCCUCUGUGGUAACAGUCAUUGCAACCAAAUGGUUAUGAGCCUUAGAGUUUCUGAGCUGCAAGUACUUCUGGGCUACGCGGGGAGGAACAAGCACGGACGCAAACACGAACUUCUCACAAAAGCACUGCAUUUGUUAAAAGCCGGCUGCAGCCCUGCUGUCCAAAUGAAAAUUAAAGAACUCUAUAGGCGGAGGUUCCCUCAGAAAAUCAUGACACCUGCAGACUUGUCUCUCCCCAGCGUACACUCAACUUCCAUGCCAGCAACUUUGUCUCCAUCUACCAUUCCACAGCUCACUUAUGAUGGCCACCCUGCAACGUCACCAUUGCUUCCUGUUUCUCUUCUGGGACCUAAACAUGAACUGGAACUGCCCCACCUAACAUCCGCGCUCCACCCUGUCCACCCAGACAUAAAGCUUCAGAAAUUACCUUUUUACGACUUGCUGGAUGAGCUGAUAAAACCAACCAGUCUAGCAUCAGAUAAUAGCCAGCGAUUUCGAGAAACCUGUUUUGCAUUUGCAUUGACACCGCAACAAGUGCAGCAAAUCAGCAGUUCCAUGGACAUUUCUGGGACCAAAUGUGACUUCACGGUACAGGUCCAGCUAAGGUUUUGUUUAUCAGAAACCAGUUGUCCACAAGAAGAUCACUUCCCACCCAAUCUCUGCGUGAAAGUAAAUGGGAAACCAUGUAGCCUUCCAGGCUAUCUUCCACCAACCAAAAAUGGUGUUGAACCAAAGCGACCUAGCCGACCAAUUAAUAUUACCUCACUUGUCAGAUUGUCUACAACGGUACCAAACACCAUCGUUGUCUCUUGGACUGCUGAAAGCGGAAGAACUUAUUCUAUGGCAGUUUACCUUGUAAAACAGCUGUCGUCUACAGUUUUAUUACAGAGGUUACGAGCAAAAGGAAUAAGGAAUCCUGAUCAUUCUAAAGCGCUAAUAAAAGAGAAACUGACUGCAGAUCCAGACAGUGAAAUAGCUACCACCAGUUUAAGAGUUUCUCUUCUUUGUCCACUUGGGAAGAUGCGGCUAACUAUCCCAUGUAGGGCCCUGACGUGCUCGCAUCUGCAGUGUUUUGAUGCCACUCUGUACAUUCAAAUGAACGAGAAGAAACCUACCUGGGUUUGUCCUGUUUGUGACAAGAAGGCUCCCUACGAACAUCUCAUAAUUGAUGGGUUGUUUAUGGAAAUCUUGAAGUACUGCACAGACUGCGAUGAAAUUCAGUUCAAGGAGGACGGGUCAUGGGCUCCCAUGAGAUCCAAAAAGGAUGUUCAAGAAGUAACUGCAUCUUACAAUGGUGUUGAUGGAUGCAUAAGUUCUUCUUUGGAUCAUCAGGUGUCUUCUCACCAGCAAUCAAAUAAAAAUAAGAAAGUUGAAGUGAUUGAUCUAACCAUAGACAGCUCCUCCGAUGAAGAGGAGGAGGAACCGUCUGCCAAGAGGAGCUGUCCUUCCAUAUCUCCUGCAUCCCCCCUAAACAAUAAGGGCAUUUUAAAUUUACCCCAUCAGGCAUCUCCUGUUUCAAGAACCCCGAGCCUUCCUGCUGUUGACGCAAAUUACAUGAAUACAUCACUUAUUCAAGACUACAGGCAUCCAUUCCACAUGACACCUAUGCCUUAUGACUUACAAGGAUUAGAUUUCUUCCCUUUCCUAUCAGGAGACAAUCAGCAUUACAACACCUCCCUGCUUGCUGCUGCAGCUGCGGCAGUUUCUGCCUCCGAUGAUCCAGAACUCUUGCACCCUCGGUUUUUCCCAUACACUUCAUCCCAGAUGUUCCUUGAUCAGUUAAACGCAGGAGGAAGCAGUACUCUCCCGGCCACCAAUGGUAGCAACAGCGGCAGUAACAGCAGCCUUGUUUCCUCCAACAGCCUGCGAGAAAAUCAUGGCCAUCCAGUUGCAAAUAGAAGCAGCACAGACACAGCGUCUAUCUUUGGCAUACCGGACAUUAUUUCAUUGGACUAAGUCAUGGACUCAAUGAACUUGCCAGAAAAAGCGAUCUUUGUGCUUGGUUUUAUCUUACUCUAUUUAGAAACGUAGACAAGAUUUUUUUUUUUCCUUUUUUAGGAAAAAAAAAUUAAGACCUGUACAGAGAACAAAACUAUAUUUUCAGUUUUACUUUUGUAUAUAAACCUAAGAUGACCUGACUGGUGAAACAAAAAGAAAGAAAAGUAUAACAAAAAAAAAAAAAGAAACUUCAGUUCAUUUUUCUGGAUGCUGAAGAUUUUUCACUUACGCAUUUCUCCUGUGAGUUGCUUAUUUUAGUUUGGACACACCUGGCAUUAUUUUCUUUACCAUAAUGUUACUGAAAAAGAAAAGGAAUUUUUUGAAGUUUUACGUUGCAGACUUUUUUCUUUUGGAAAUACCAUUUGCAGCUGGCGGUAGAACUGAAUUCCUUUUAACCCUAUUCAGCGCACAUUUAUGAUGGAUGCUUCAAGUGGUAUAAACCCUACUUGUGCUGUUCCACCGCAUUCCCUCUGUAGUGCAGGACAUAGCUUAUGGGAGUGUGUUUUAAAUGUCACUUCUGAUUCUACACGACUGCAUAUUCAGUUGGCUUGAAGACUUCUCACUUCUUCAUCAAGCAUGAUGCAGGCUCAUUACUGUGUCAGUUACUUGUAUGGGCCAGAGUCGAUAUGAUCUCGGACUGAAGUAUUGUUUGGACACAAACAAUUAUAGAAUCUGGCCCCAUAUAAAAACACUGACACGCCUUCACUCUAGAGUUUUCUUUCUAACCUCCAGUAUUAAUCCUUUAAAUAAUUGUGCUUCUUAUCAACAAGGCACUUAAGCACGUGUUAAAUUUUAAUGGGAUGACUCAUGUCCUUUAAAUUUAGCAGUGUGUUUAAAGUAGCUUGCUGAAUUGGGGCCAAAAUGACUCUGUCAGUGAGUGCCCGCUUUAGGCCACAAGAGAUUAAAUUUCUGCUAAAAACAAAUCUGUUAAGCAAAGAGAAGGAAAUAUGGUUUAUUAUGCACCUUGCAUGGUUUGUGCUGCUGUCAGUGGUAGUGGUACAUCAUCUUCUGAUUUGACAUGCAUCAAAAUUAAGUUACUAUUGAAUGUUAGACAUUAAGCUUAAAAAACCCCCGAAAAACAAAAACCCCACCCAAAACAGCCCGCUCGCUUAACUGUAUCAGAGUGUCCGUCUGUAGAAAUCUGUUAGUGGACACAAAUUGGAUUUUUCUCUUUUUGGCCUCCUAGUUAUUUUGAGUGAUUCCCUGUUUUUAAGUAUGCUUAUAUUGAACUGUGCGAGCCAUACCUGCUCUCCAAUUCCUGUUACUACUUUUUUUUUAAAAGACAUGCAUGACAUAGGAAAACGUUUUUAGAGCCAAUGGAUCGCUUGGACUGAUCCGUGCUUAUGAAAUAAACAUGUAAAUAGAUGGAAAGCAGUUUUUCAGGAGAUUCUUUAAAAUAACAGUUGGGGGGAGGGGAGGGAGUUGAUUCUUUUGUGUCCCAAAGUCUGCACCAGAGAGAAUGAAUAUGUCCUCUGGUGUGAAAAAUAUUUUUUUAGCUAGUUGAAAGUGCAGGUAACAAGCUUAUCAGGAAGGAUAAGAAGGAAUACCACAAUUAGCAGAUUUCGAUCUGAAAUUUUAUGUCCAAAACAGUUGAUAUCAGCUAGUUCGAGCAUCGACAAGGGCCGCCUUUCGUGUAUAAAGUUGUCUCUUAAAAUCUUGCAUUGAUAAAAAAAAUUGACUUUAAUCCAGGUAGAAUUAGGCAUUGCUGUAAGAUCAGUUGAAUGGUAAACCGACAGGUUCACAUGAAUAUGUCGCAUCAAAAUUGUUUUUAGAGUUUUUACAGCAUCCCCUCUGCCACUGAAUAGUUGACUUGUAUUUUGAAAACAAAAUGUUUGUGUUUAUAUGUAAAUGUGUGUGUAUAUAUGUAUUUAUAGAUCAGUGUGUGUGAGCUAAAAGUGAGUUAAAUAGUUUUUCCCAUGCAUGUGUAGUCCAGACAUAUCUGGCUGAUACAUAUAUUUCACCAUUCACCAGUUUUAUAAUUUAUUAAAUGCCAGAUAAAAUCAGUAAAUAAAGGGAGAAAAGAGGAAACACUUCAUUUUUAAAUCCAGCCGGAGAUUGAAGUAUUUGAAUCUUCAUUAGGAACGUAACUCAUUUUUAAAAUUUUAGCCUAGCAAAUACAUUGGUUAUUAAAUUGGCAAUUAGAGAGCAGAUGCUUCUCUGUAAUACCUCCUAUCAAUCUGAAGUGACGGAUUCCUCUCGCCUUGCACUCGUGUAACUGAGAGCAGAUGUGAAACCGGGAAUAAAAUGAAAGUGAAAGAAUGACAUUCUGAGGAAUUCAUGGCUAUUUUACAUCUGAGUUGUCAGGGUUUGUACUGAUUCUGCUGUGUUAAAGGUGAGCUGAAAACCUGCCUUGAAAAGCAAAAUUACAGAUGUAAUUAAAACCUUGGCAACCCUAGAGCACUGAAUGUGGCGAAUGAGUUGUAAGGAUCGGAAAUCAAACCAGCUAAAUAAGAGCAGGCAGGCUUUUCAGUUCAGCUGUGUGUGUUGUUAAUCUCCUUGUUCCACAGAGGAUAGCAAAUGCUCUUUGGUGUUCCUGUGUUACUCAUUCUGGAUGUUUUUGUGACUAUUUCUGUUUCAUUCCCUGAGGUUUUGUAAGAUUGAUAACGUGCUGGAACUUGGUAUCUGGCCACAGUUAACAUUAUUUAGCAGAAGUCUGAAUUCUCCAAGAAUUCCUUACAACUUAGGUUUUUUUUAAAAACCAUCACUCAUUGCAUAUUUAUUAAAGAUGCAGGAGUUAGUGCUAACCUGGCUGUAGAUGACUGAAUCUGUGGGAUACCAAAUUUUUCCUUUGUCUUCAAAUUCUUCCACUAGAAGAGUGAGUGUGUGUGUGUGUGUGUGUGUGUGUGUGUGUGUGUGUGUGUGUCUCUGUCUGUACACACAGAUCUGAGCAAAUAGCUGUUUGAAUAGCAGGGCUAAAGUGGCUUUGAAUCACUUUUGUGGGCAUUAUUGGAUGCGUUCUUUUAAAAACAAAAUAAAAUCUGGACUAUGCUAAACUCUAAUAUACUGAGCAUUAAAAUAUGACAUAGUGCUUUCAUUAAUAUAGGCAUCGUAGCACUUCUAGGCCUGUUUGUUACCCUUCAUGGCAUGGAUUCAAGAAGUUUCUUAAGGCUGGGAUGGCUUGUAGACUUUUAUUGAACUGGCUUGGAACUGCCUUCUAAUGUAAAGCUAAGAACGGUGAGGAGAGCAUAUUGAAAGUGAAUCCUUCGCUGCAUUGACAUUUCAGGGUUUUAAAGCACAUUUUAAUGUGUAUUGGAAAGGAUUUUGUUUUAUCAAUGUAAGUGUUUUUUGUUUUUUUUUAACAGAGCUUAGAUUUCUAACAAGGGAGAAUAGCUGGUGGUCCCAGAAAGUGCUGCUGUUAAUUGUUUUAAUUAACAAAGGGAAAAUGUAUAUAAACAGAAUAUUAACAAGUUACCAUUAAUUCCAUGAAUUUAAAUCCGUGAUUCAUUGCCUUAAAAUUUCUCUUAGUUUCCAUAUGGCAUGCCAAACCAGUAAAAUGGCUUUUAAAAAUGUAUAGUAGACCAAUGUCAGUUUGUAUAAAAGUACCAAGUGAAAAUAUUUAUUACAUGCAUUGGAAAAAAAAUUGUUUACCUAUUGAAUGUUACCUGUUUAUGUAGAAAUCUUUAGAUGUAAUAAAAAAAAUCA